UGAGAAAAGUAACUUUACAAUUUAAAUGAAGUUGUGCCCCACCACGUGGCUUUUGGACAUUAAGCCACGUUAACCCUUUUCAACGUCCCCUGUUACCGGAUCUUCGCAGCCUCAAGCAAUGUCUCAACUUACAGCGCCUCCAGUCCAAUUAUGUCACUUCCUUCAGGAUUCGCACUUCCUUGUUUGUCUGUGCACAAGCGGCUUUGAGCUCCAAAUCACAAAGAGACGUCUGUGUAUGUUACUUGUGCCUGGAGUCUGCUUUCGCAAUGGGAGAGAACGAGGAUGGAGAAAUCAUUGAGCAUCACGUCAACGAAGAGAUGGAGAAGAGGCACCUGACAAGACGUGCGGGGUCUUUCUCGGAAGGGGCUAAGCGGCACAGCAGCACGCAGUCUUCGCACCGCUUGCUUGCCUACAGCGAUGCGCUUAUUUCCAUUAUCGCUACCGUAAUGAUAUUGCCUGUUGCGCACACAAAGAUUCAAGAAAAUGAGGAAUUGAAAGAAAGCUUGCAGCAGCUCCUCACAACAAAGAUUGCUGUUUACUUGAUGACAUUUUUAAUAGUGACUGUAGCAUGGGCUGCUCAUAUCAGGUUAUUCCAGGUAAUAGAACGCAUAGAUGACUGCCUUGCACUCCUGAAUCUUGCCUGUAUGAUGCUGAUAACCUUUCUUCCAUAUACUUUCUCAUUGAUGGCAGCUUUUCCAGAAAACAUACUGGGCAUUCUCUUCUUUUGUGGCUGUGUUGUAGUUAUUGGCCUGAUACAGGCUGUCAUUGUUCUGUAUGGAUUUAGCCAGCCUUUCCUGCUGAAUGACCAGAUACAAGUGUCUGAAAAUCUGGCCUUUUACAAAAAACACAUCUUAAAAGUCAUUUUAAGAGUUCCUGUGUUCUGCUUUGUUGCAAUAAUUUUUUCUUUAAUUUUUCCCCCAAUGGCCUACGUUAUUCUGGCGUUCGUCAUCUUCUUCCCCUACAUCUCACAGUCACUGAAGUGGUGUCACAGCAAAGCAGUUGGGAGGCAAGUGGAAACCCCUGAAUCCAUGCUGUUCUACUCCUACCACCCGAAUGAACCACUGAGCAAAGAGCGUGUAGAAGCCUUCAGUGAUGGAGUAUACGCCAUCGUAGCCACGCUCCUCAUUUUAGACAUAUGUGAGGACAACGUCCCAGACCCUGCGGAGGUGCAGCACAAGUUCAACAGCAGCCUGGUGGUGGCCCUGCAGGAAUUCGGCCCUGAGUUUUUGGCGUACUUCGGUUCAUUCGCUACGGUGGGCCUGCUGUGGUUCGUCCACCACUCGCUCUUCAUGCACGUGACCAAAAGCACCCGGCUGAUGGGCAUACUCAACACCUUCUCACUGGCCUUCGUGGGGGGCUUGCCACUAGCCUACCAGCUGACUCAUGAGUUCACUCGCAACUCCCACAAUGAGCUGGAGGCCAUCCAGAUAAGCUGCGUCAUUAUAUUCUUUGCUGGGAUCUUCCAGCUGGCUAUCUGGGUGGUAGCGCUCUUCAGCCAGCGUGAGACACUGCAUCCCUGCGUGCACUAUGGCGGCCAAGACCACGCCUUCAUGUUGGCCAAGCUUGCCCUCUACCCUGCGGUGGCCCUGGGCACCUUCUUCAUCACCUGCGUGCUGAGCGAAUUCAGCGCCCCCGUCUUUCACCUGACGCAGAUCGUGGUGCCCGUGGCUUUCCUGCUGCUCCGCCUCCUGGUCCGGGUGGCGUUGGCCGUUCUCCAUUGGCUCUUCUGCCCACACCGACCCACUAUGCUCGACCUCCAGGGUGAGGAGGACUCGCGCCUGGAUUUUAACGAUGUGGUGACGUAGCUGUGACAGCGGGGCUGUCACGCAGCUGCUGGGGUGGUUUUCACGGCAUUGGUGCAGCGUUGGGCACUGGCAUAGAUUAGGGUUUACACCCAUUUAUGAAAUAAUAGACGCGCAUUUCCAGCAAUCUGCACCUUCAUUUUCCUCAGUUUAACAGCAGGUUCCCUGCUUGCUUCCAGGCUUUAAAUUAAAAUUAAAAUGAGGAAGAUGUUUCCCUCUUUUGCGAUACCUAGAUAAGACUUGCUUAAGGUGUUUGUAACAUGUUUUAGGGAAGCUGCAUUGUCGAUCAUGCACUGCAAGGCCAUGUUGUCACGGCCAGAAAAGCAUCGCCAGUCAUGUGAGAAAUUUGUUCUUUUGGUCCAAUAAUCUCUUGCCUGCUGUCUCGUUCUAGAAGGCAGAGUUUGUGUCAGCAUUUAUGAUUCAUUGUUGUUUAUUUAAGAGCCGUUCAGACAGCUGGAAAAGGCAAAUAACUAGUACCAUGAGAGAAGUAGAAAUUGAAAUAUUAGAGAUUGGUUUCAAGCACAGGAAGUAAUAUGAAAUCAAACUCACUGAUCCAGUGUAAAUCUCAGGUGACAGACAAAGAGUCUCUGCGCAAAAAUGUGGGAAACACCAAGGUUCCUCAAAGGACUGCGGAAGGGGGGCAAACAGCCAGCCUGUUCCACCACUAGAGGGCCACAGCAGAAGCCAAGUGGGUCCAAGUAGUAUAGGAGUGCAGGUUUCAGGAAAGAUGUUAGAGAAUGAAGAGGGAGUCCAGGCAGAUAGGGGGCGCCACCGCUUACUCCGCCAACAAGUCCCACUAAAGUGCAACAUGGAUAAGGUCCUUUGUACCUACAUAUGUAAGGAAUGUAAUAUGAACAAUAUGGGUCAAUACGGUUCUAGCCUAUAAUUUUGUUAAAUAUGAAGUAAAAGAGUAAUUUUUGCUGUAGGGUAUGUUUACGCAUAAUCUUCUGCACUGUUUUCCGCUUUCAGAUGGGAGUGUUUGCUGAAUAUUCAUUGUGUUCACUGUUAUGUGUAUUGCAGGAUACGAUCCCGCCUUGUGCCCAUAGUCUCAGGGGUAGGCUCCGGACCCCCUGCGACUCUAAAUAGGACUAAUGGUUUCAGGAAAUGAGUGGAUGGAUGGAUUACAUUUUCUAAUGGUGUACAGCUGUUAAUUUCAGAUAUCCAUACUCUAAUUGGCAUGGUAUUGUUCAAAUGCCCCUUCAAUAUAAUAAAUUUUUGGCAAUCAUUAACAACAUUUCUUUUAAUUUUUAUAGCAUAACCACACCGAAGUUAGUAGUUAGUUACUUUGGCCAGGAAGCAGAUCUCUGGAUCUGGUGGGAAGGUAAUUUCAUGAAUCUUAGAUAUGGUGUUAAAUGCACCUGGUCAAAAGCUGCGCACUUUAAAGCAUAACCAAGUGGAUUAUAAAAGAAAACAAAGCUUCAACUACACCACCUCUGAAGUCUGAAGUAGGGGGGUUAGAUGCAAGAGUUGACGUUUGCAUGGGAUGACUGGAAACUGAUGUAAAAAGCUAAAUUGAAUUAUUAUAUACCUGUACUUUAAAGUGGAAACACCAUCCCUGCACAGGUAGUUCCACAAAUUGCUCCCCCACCUAAUUUUGCAUUUGUCUGGCUUAGGCUCAGACCACCUUGACACAACAGCCUGAUAUUCUAGGGAUAGUUUUAUGCAGUGGCUGAUCCCAUGCAGUUGGAAGAUGGUAGAUUCCACUGGCAUUUCGGUGUUGACCCUGACAGAGUCUCAUAGUUGCAAAGUCAAAAUAAAUCCUCAAAACACCAAUUACAUUUCAGUUUCAGCAGUUCACAGUACAUAGAAGAAAGGAUUUUGCAAAAGUAAAUGACACAAGUAUUCACUAGGGUCCUUUUGGCAGAGGAUUUCUGUGUGUAUGCUAAAAUAAAUCUGCGUGAGGGGUCAAGCACAGAUUUGGACACCAAACACAGUGUCUUUCAAAUCUUAAUAGAGUCCCCUUGCUUUGGAGCUAAACAAGGAUGCAAAAACUUGUUGGCCAUUCUCUUUUAAAUUUCUUCUAUUGCGUGUCCUAUAACUGUGCUCCCUGUGAAUAAAUUAUUUCAGUCUGUAAUUAGGAAAUAAGGUAUAGACUAAUUCAGUUUUUAUUACAUUACAAACAUCCUAUGAAGGAAUAGUAAGAGAUUUUGAAAUAUAGCUAAAAUACCAUUUAUUGCCCACCACCUGUCAGCCUGUUGACAUUGAGGCACCCCAGGUAGCUCUGACUUUGCACUUCAAAGGAAACUUUUAUGUAUGAAUGGUAGUGAGCAGUGGGAAAUUAUCUAUUUAAAGUUAUGGUGAGUCUAUUAUGAUGACAGAAUGUCUAUGUUAAAUACAGUAAAGAAGCUGAAGGUUGCUGUAUUGCACAACAUUAGCAUGAAAUGAAUAAGACAUCUAAUAUAGUGUGUGAGUGUGCCCUGUGAUGGGCUGGGGCCCCAUCCUGCAUUGUUCCCAGCUUUGUGCCCGUAGCUUAUGGGAUACACUCUGGGCCCACAUGACCUUGAAUAGGACAAGCAGUUACAGAAGAUGGAUGGAUGGAUGGAUGGACCAACCUUAUAUUAGGUUUUAUAAUGGCCUUAUAUCUCUGAUGUUCAAGAUGAGUGUAUUGAAGUUGCACUUACUGAAUGGUGUUUGGGGAGAAUUUUGUCAUUUUUAGCACUGCAUUCAAAACAAUUUAAACUGAUCCAACUAAUAUAUUUUGAUUUUCAUAUUAAUGUACAAAACUGUUGCGCAGAUAUUUUUUGUUAGUAUAUUUGAAUAAUGGUGAUUAUUAUGCACUAAGCGGCCCUGUUGGUUAAUGGUCUCAAAUUGGUGACCAUUGGCUUGGCUUUCCAUCUCUGGUAUUUUUGAUUGCUUAAAGCAACCAUGACUUAAUCAUUUCCUACGAAAGGAGUUUCACAGCAUACUUUCAGAUCUAUACAAAUUGCUAUAUGUUUGCUGUUUUCUGUUGUGAAUAAACAUAUACAGACUAUA